AUGACUAGCAUGGACGUAUUGUCUGAAUGCGUUAUUCACAAAAUACUCUCUUAUCUUAGUUUUCAAGAAGCAGCCAAGUUGAGCCUUGUCUCCAAAACAUGGCUACAAGCUUGGUUAACUCAUCCCAACUUGGAAUUCACCUUAUUGUCUUCAAAACAUGGCUACAAUAUUCAUGAUAGGAAAAUUGUGGAUCAAGUUAUGGAGAGAUAUAGGCAAACAAAAGUCCCUAUUGAAAAAUUUCAUCUUUCAGUUACAAUUUUUGCUCAUCCUUUUGCUUUCCCUCAGAUGGAUAAGUGGCUCGACAUUGCUCUUCAAAAUGGUGUAAAAGAUUUGUCCUGUGAGGUUUCUCUCCCUUCAUACCCCUUCCCUAUUUUCACUUUCUUGGCACCAAAAUCUUUAAGAGAAUUGGUUCUGUCGGGAUGUAAUCUCAUGGAUCAUUCAUAUUCUACUACUACAACUCAAGUGGCAAGCUGUCAUUCUUUGAGAAAGCUUUCUCUAACUGAGGUUGAAUUAGACGACAACAUGCUUCGAGAUCUGCUCAAUUGUUGUCCCUUGAUUGAUGAUCUCAUCAUUGAGCAUUGUCGUUUAUUGACAAAGAUUGAGCUGCGAAAUCUUCAAAAUAUCAAGUCAGUCUCUAUUAGUUGCUGCAGGAACCAGGGUGUUACAAUCCAGACACCCACUCUACAACACUUGUCUUAUAUUGGGUGUUUUCGAGAAGAAUCCCCUGUAUUGGAUAUUGUUGAGUGUCGAAAACUAAAAUCUUUACAGCUAACAGAUAUGAGGAUAUCUGAAGUAUUUCUCCAGCGCCUUAUUUCUACAUCUCAAUUCCUUGAGAGUUUGACAUUAGAUAACGUUUCUACAAAGUUGGAAAGGUUCAAAAUUUGCGGGAGUCAAUCCCUAAAGUUCUUCGCAAUUUCAAAUUGUAAGGGAUUACGUGAGAUUAAUGCUCCAAAUUUGGUAUCACUUGAGUACGAUGGAGAUCAAAUUCCUGAGCUUAAGAUUGCAAAAAGGUCUCGCCAAUUGAAGAAAUCAGAAAUAUAUCUUGAUAGCUUGAAAAUUUUGAAUGCUGAAUGGUUUGGUGAGUUGAGGAAAUUUCUAUCAAAGUCGAGCUCUUGGUCUCUAGUUUCCCUUAGUUUUGAGGAAUGCAGUGAGAUAAACAUGAAAGAUUUGGUACUGCACCAUAAAGUUGCAACACCCAAAGUGAACGAUUUAGUUGUAUGUAUAGAAUCGUCUGACAAGUACCCAACACUACUUGUGGAUGCUUUGCUAUGGAGUUGUCAUCCUAAGAGACUCAUCCUAAAAUCAAGUAUUGAAAUGAUAUAUUGUUUCAUGGAUCGUUUAAUGUAUAUGAAGAAUUCAAGGCAUUCUACUUGUCAUGAAAGAAAGCGUCGCAAAUAUAGUCAAUUAAAAGUCUAUAAAUUUGACUCGGAGCAUCAGUGUGUGGAACUUGAAAAUGGAGAGCUGGCAAUGAGGGACCUUACAGAGACGGAGACAGUUUCGUUUGAAUUAUAUUGGUGA